GAGUCAACUUGCUUCACUUGUUCGCCGUCGUUGCAGUGGAACAGGUGACUCCUCUCCGGCUGGCCGAGUCUUCACGCGCACAUGCCGAUCCACGCUGAAUCUGCCCAUGACCCUAUGAUGACCAUGAAACUGUUGCUCUUCGCGCUGCUGGCGGGGGCGACGCUGGAGGCCGCGGGGGCCGUCCGCUGCGUGUGCAGCAGCCCUGGCGAGUGCGAGCCCCUGACGGACGACGACUGCCCUCAGGGUGCGUCACUCGUGUGGGACCCCUGCGGAUGCUGCAGGGUGUGCGCCCGACUCGAGUUCGAGCCCUGCGGCGGUCCUGACGGCUUCCACGGCACCUGUGCCCAAGGGCUCGAGUGCGUUGCUGACCACGCUGAUCUUCUUGGCACUUGCAGGAGGCCCCCAGCGAGUGAUAAAGCCGACUGUGGCAGGCAGGCUCACGAGCAGCACGGGUGCAACGUGGUUGAGACCAGCUGUCACUGCGGAAGCGCCUCCGUCUGCCCUGGAGACCUGCCACCUUUCACCUUCGCCACCCAUACGGAAUGCGAAAUCAACCUUAAGGCAAUGCUGAAUUUUGUUGACGGCUGCGACAUACCUGGACACCACUUGGCCAACGGCGAGGCAUGGAGCGACGAGGAGAAGUGCAGAAAGUGCGUGUGUCAUCACAGCCAGCUGGACUGCGAAUCCACAAAAUGCACAAACUGCACAUCAGAUAAAAGACGCACAGAAAAAUGCUGCCAAGAUUGUGCAGAUCCGGCUGCCGCAGCGCUGACGAAGCCGAUCGUGGUGGGCGAGAAAGAAAUCCCGGUGGUCGGUGUGACGUUCGCCGGUCUUUUUGUGCUGAUUCCGUUGCUUUGGUUCAUCAUCAGGUGCGGCGCCAAGCUAAGGACAUACUCGCCAGUGACUCUGUCCGACCCCGACAGCUUGGACCCGGUUUGAAUCUCCGACGGAGGCCGCGCGUGAGAGAAGCAGAAAGAAAACCCGCUGUGAUAAAUCCACUAACAAACUCUAUUCGAUUCACGUAUACAAUAACACAAUUAAAUUAAGCGUGCGCAUUUGGAGGAAGAGCGAAAUAUUUCAAAAGUGAGAUGCACACGAUAGACGUGUGUAUAUUUAGAAACGUGUGCGUGCUGGUUAGACAGAUUCUAUGUAGGCAGAUGAAAGAAAGACGGAGAAAAAGUUUAUUUUUACAAAUAAUGCAUCAGCGCGCGGUUCAUUUGGGACUAAUAAAAGACAAAAGGAGAGCUCUGACUUUUGCGGGUUGCGGUAUUUUAGUAGUGACGUCAUCUGAUUUUAUUCUAAUUUUGAGACAAACAUUAUUUUGCAUUAAUUUCAUGACAAUGCACAAAUGUAAAAAUUUAAUUUUUUAGUCAAAAACUUGUAUGACCUAUAAAAUUUGUUCAGUUUUAUUUAUCCCUUAUUUCCAUUUCUUGUGUUAUUUAAUGGGAUCUAUAUUAUAAAAUAAAAAAUUAACAUCAUGAUAAAUCAAAUAAUAUUAUAAAAUGUAAUUAUUGUGGAUGUUUGUAGAGAAAUGUAUAAUCAUGAAAUUUUUGGAUGGACUUAUAUCUCAAUUUUGCAAUGAAGAUUAAAAAUUGUACAAACAUGAGCUUUUAGUUUCAAAGUCUAUCGUGUAUUAUAGAGGAAAAGGUGUGAAUAAAACCUUGUGUGACGUGUGUGUCAAAAAUUUAAAAAGUGGUGUUCAUAUUGAUUUUUCAAAGACAAAAAUGCAUUUUGAAUAAUGUACACAUCCUUUAUUUUUGGACAACAAUACAUCUUUCUGUUAAGCUUCUGUUGCAACUACGCCUCUUUCGUAACAACCAAAACAAAAAUAAUACCUUCAGUAAUUUUCCAAAAUGAGAAUCAAAACCGCUUCGGAGGCUCAGACGUCUCCAAAGGCGUGUUUCGCGUUUUCUUCUUACAACCGAAAAAGAAAUUAAAAAAAAAUUUGUGUAUCUGGCGUAGCUCAAAAAUUCUCUGAAUCGUCUCGCGGGAAAAUAAUUUGUUAAUACAAUUAGACAAGAGAUCAUUUUUCCAGAUUAGCUUUCAUAAUCGUACGUGAUAAAUCACAUGAAUGUAAAGUAUAAUCCUCACACAUGUCUCGCCAUCAUUGUUGUGUGUGCGUGUGUUUUUAGUCAUUGUUACAUGCAAUGAUGAUAAUACACAUUUUUAUACACAGCGGCGUUGCGUCUGUCUAUCAAAAAUCAAAAUAUCCAUGUCGAUUUGUUCCUCAUUUUUGAACAACAUCAAUCUAUCAUUGUUUCGCAUUUUCAAUUACCACAUUAAAACAAUACUGAUGAGACGGAAAACUACAAACAAAAAACUGCGCGUGUUGCUGACGAUGAAACAUCUAUCAAAUGGGAAACAAUAAAACUCGCUGAUGGCAUGUUAUGUAAUACAUAAUAUAUGAUCAAUCAAUCAAUGGAAUGAGAGUGGCGCAAAUAUUUCUUCCAAAUAUUAUAAAAAAUAAUGAUGUGUUUCAUGUGUUAUUACAAACAUCUUGGCUCUAACUUAUUUAUUUUUUUUUCACAUACUUCUCCAUUUUUCACGUCGACACACAAAUAUAGGCGCGUUUUUAUUUCGCAACAAGUAUAACAUUGAUUUUUUUAUUUUUAUUUUUUGUAUGUACAAGACGGCUUCUCUGCUUAAAAGUUAAUUUACUUGAAUAUGUACACAUCGCGAACAUUAAUAAAUUAUUUAUCCUCGUCUCUAGCAAUCAGUCAGAAAUACUUCUUCAGCACUCCUCCUCAACAGGCCAUUUUUCGCGUUUCACCGGCCGUGAGAAGCAACAACGAACAAAU